GAUACCUUGCCACAACAGGUACGGUCUUCAGUUGUGUAUCUAGAGAGGCCGUUGACAUGUUGUCGAGUGGUUGGACAACCAGCAACAGAUCGCACGAGGCGAAACGGUGUUAAACGGUGUCAGCUCAACAACCUGUCAGCCUAAAUCUGGUAAGACCCUGACAAUACACAGAAGAGCAUAGGGGACACUUAGGCAUUAAACGGAAGAGGCCUCGAGGCGAAAAUGGAUUUGAUUCUCACAAAAACAGCUUGAGCAAGGUUUUCGAUUUCAUUCAAAUCUGGUAGAAAUGUAAAAACAGCAAGAAGGAUGUAGCCGCAUCACCACUGAUCAACAUGCGACUUCGCGUUCCGGCAUCGAUGUGCUUGCUACUGACGAUAGUAGCAUACCUUGCUGAAUUACCCGAGUUCCAAGGAAUGGUAACUGCUGAGCGGGAUAGCCAGGAAAUCCGGCCCAUCUACAUUGGCGGUUUCUUCCCGAUUGAAUCGCACCCGUUCUUUGCUUCGCUCCCUUUGACCGUGCAGACAGCGGUGAACCAUGUGAACAACUUGACGGGGAUUUUGGACGGAUACGAGUUGAGAAUGAGAUGGAACUGGACUCAGGGAAGUCCAGCCAAUGCACUGCGGCUCCUGAACGAUUUUGUCCAAAACGGGCCGCCGGUGUUGAUGACAUGGGGACCCAUGUUUUCCAGUGUCGCUGUAGUCGUCAAUGAAGUCUUGCCUCGCUACAAUAUUGCCCAGGUUGUAAUUGCCUCGUCUACCACUUUGAAGGACCGAGCCCGCUACCCACUGACCGUGCAAGUUUCCGUAGACGAGGAUCUGUUGAACCCUGCCAGAGUGGCCUUCGUGAAACGGAUGGGGUGGAGAAGAGUUGCCCUCAUCUUCGAAGAUAACCAGUAUUUCAGACAGAAUAUGGCGAAGCUGGCGGAGAAACUAUUGGAAAAUGGCAUAACUGUGCUGACGACAGAGGCUGUCACGAAUGCUGAACAUCCCGAUGAACAAAUCCAAAGUCUGAAGAGACAUGAUGCCCGAGUGAUCAUAACGGCAUUCUAUCCUGAACCUGCAGCCAAAUUGUUCUGCAAGGUGUACACAGCCAAACUUUUUGGCGCGAAGUAUGUCUGGAUUUUGCCGGGCUGGUACCCUGACGGCUGGUGGCGUGAUCUGCCCGAUGUACCAUGCGAUAAUGAGGAGACUGCAACGGCGUUGGAUUUACACGUGGCUUUUGAUGGGGACCAGGCUGUGAGUGAGGUGUCGCGCAUUGAUUUUAAUGGUGUGAAACCAUUUCCUGAGCAGAUUGAAUAUCUUGAAUCACUUCACAAUAUGGAGGACAACUCUCGGGAUAUUUACGCUUACGACUGCCUAUUCACGAUGGCCCUAGCUCUCAACGCCUCGAUAGGCGAGUUGAGGCAGUUGGAUCCAGCCAGAAGGCUGGACGAGUUUAAUUAUGGAGACCAGGAGAUGGCUCAGAUUCUGUUGAGAAAUACAUUGCAGACGGAAUUCGUCGGUUUGACGGAUCGUGUUGUUAUUGGUAAAGGAGGAGUACGGCAUACAACAGUCUACGUCGAGCAGUUACAAAAUGAACACCCCGUGAGGAUUCUCAACUACUUUGCCGAUGGCGAAUACGAGACAAUUCCUAACGCGACAAUUCAGUGGAAAGGUUCGGUAAUACCAGUUGACGGGAAGACAGAGAUACCGAUCCUCACUCAGAUAUCCCUCCCCUUUCAAAUCAGCAUUUACACGGCAGCAGGCAUUGGUGUGAUGCUCUCUGUGAUAUUCUUAGCGCUGAACAUCGCACUUCGCAACCAAAGAGCCAUAAAGAUUUCUAGUCCGAUCAUCAAUAAUCUGAUCGUCAUGGGAUGUCUGCUUCUCUACACCUCUGUCUUUGUCUCUGGAGUCGAUACAUCUGGGAUUACAGACGGCGCUUUCAUCGUCUUGUGCUAUGUGAAAGUUGGUCUGGUAUGUGUUGGCAUUUCACUGUCCUUUGGGUCACUAUUGGUCAAGACGUAUCGCAUCUUCGCUAUCUUCCAGAAGGCGGUGGCCAGAUUCAAGAAAAUCGACUUACCCGAUAAGAAGUUGAUGUCCGUUGUCAUGGCACUUGUCCUGGUUGAUUGCGUCAUCGUCACACUUUGGGUCUUCCUGGGACAAUCAACGAUCCGGACAAUCAACCUUGAUCCCAAACUGUCAGAUACGGCGAGUCCAGAGAGUGAAACCUACAUCAUACCAGUCCUGAGACAAUGCGGGUCCAUAUAUGAGAUUUACUUCACCUGCGCCAUCUAUGCCUUCAAAGGCAUACUUUUGGUAUUCGGCGUUUUCCUGUCCUGGGAGAUCAGAAACGUCAGUGUGACAGGACUUAACGACAGUAAAUACAUCGCCUUCUCCGUGUACAUCGUUGGCAUAACCAUUGUCUUGGCCGUGCCCGCACUCCAAGUCUUCGUCAACAAUGUCGAUAUACAUUUCUGUAUCUUCGGUGUCGCAAUCGUCUUUGCCAAUACCGUGGUCCUGUGUUUGGUCUUCGUACCCAAGUUUGCUCUGUGCUACUCAUCCCGUGGCAGUCAGCUUCACAUUAGUUUGAUGGAUGCACCCAGUGUGCCAACGACAAGUACGUCACUACCAGCCAGCUGUCGAGAUAGAAAUCGGCUAGGUGAACUCCGAGAUACGCUACGACAGAAACAAGAAUCUCUGGCCGAUUUAUUGAGAGCGUGUCAGGCACAAGCAAAGUAAGAUCACAUCACAGAGAUGAGCUAGAGCAGGCGACACAGCGGACGUAGAAUAGGCCGACUGUUAUGGCUAUAGAGGACACUCUAUAGUAUUACAUAUAGGCCAGCGGGUCGAGCUGUAUUUACAGUUGUAUCCAUAAUGUUUAGACUCGAGGGUCUCUGAACAAUGGAGACCGUGUCAUUUUUGCUUUGCUAAAUCCACUUAGAUCACUAAUCUUUAGUGCAAAAAACAAAGACCUUGUCACUUUUUUCCCCAAUCUGCACAAUGCAUGUAUGAAAACCGUCAGCUAUUACCUACAUCAUUUCUCGACCGUGACAAUGUGUUUUGAGGGUUGUCGGGGGAAGCCGGAGGAAUACGUGAAAAGCUGGAACGAAUCAAAUCUUUGAAAAUGCUGGCAUGUUUGUUUACAUCACCAACAAGUCCCGCGUUCGAGUUAAGCCUCGAUUGCAUAUAGUUUGCCUUUUUGUACAAAUAAAAAAAAUAAUUGUUUUUAGGCCUGUAAAUCUGGUUAAGAUUAUAGAAGCACACACCCUAUAGGUUUUUUGUACAUAAACAAUUUUCCACUAGACCACCCAUAUCCUAAGUUAUUCUUUUAAGCCCCCCUCCCGCCCAAUUUACAAGAUUUCCAAGGAUUAUGCUCAGAAGCUAGGCAAG